GGUGCAUGCAGUACUUGGACAAGCAUUCAGAAUGUUAUCCGAAUCAAUCACACAAACCGGAAAAACAUCCGUCUGUUUCGAUUCCAAUUUUCGACGAUUAAAUUCGACUUUGCUUUCAAUAAAACCAGUGCUUGAUGAUAUAGAGAGACUAAACAAAGCCUUGGAAGGGAGAGAAUCAGAGAUUGAUAUAUUCAAGAAGAGGUUAGAGGAAGGUGAGAAGCUUGUUCGUAAAAGCGCGAAAAUCAAACGUUACAAUGUGUGUAAAAGGUGGUACUAUUCGAAGAAAUUAGCUGAUUUAGAAAAAUCGACUAUGAAGUUCUUUGAGGUACAUGGCUUAAUGCAAUCAUGCAGGGAUAGGAAAAAGAUACUUGUUGCACUCAAAGAAGAAGGAGAGAAGUUGGAUGAAAUUUACGCUAUUUUGAAGGACAUGAAACUUAAUAAAACCCCAAGGAUCUCUACCAUAUAAAGUGAAGUCUAAGGAGGAUAUAUUUGUCGUGUGAUAUUGUCACACAACGAAAAUAUAAUACUAUGCAAGAAAAUGUUUUACUUAUUUAGUCGAACAAACUAUCAUUUGAAUUUUAUUUCCUAAGUAUUGAACUUUAUAAACGAGAUUUGUAAUUGAUCUUGAAAAAUAAAUGAAAUUUUCACUUUUCAGCUAUAACA